AUGGUUAAGGAAGAGCAUGCUAAGCGCAAGGCCAGUGACGAGCCAACGUCACCCAUCGCCGCCAAGAGGGCGAAGCGCGACGACUCGACAGAACCAGAGAAGAAGCCUGUUAUUAAACCGAUACCUUUCCCAGAGAAGCCCGCUGUCAUCGAAGAACGAAAUGGCGAGAUUGAAUUCCGCGUAGUCAACAACGACAACGAGCGCGAAUCUCUUAUCAUCCUCACAGGUCUGAAAUGUAUAUUCCAGAAACAGCUGCCUAAAAUGCCUAAAGACUACAUUGCGCGCCUUGUUUACGACCGAACCCAUCUCUCCAUUGCCAUCGUGAAAAAGCCGCUAGAAGUUGUUGGCGGAAUCACAUACCGACCCUUCAAGGGCCGUCAGUUUGCAGAAAUCGUUUUCUGUGCUAUUAGUAGCGACCAGCAGGUCAAAGGUUACGGUGCCCAUCUAAUGUCACAUCUGAAAGACUACGUCAAGGCGACUAGCGAUGUAAUGCACUUCCUCACUUAUGCAGAUAAUUAUGCCAUAGGCUACUUCAAGAAGCAAGGAUUUACUAAAGAAAUCACACUGCCGAGAUCUGUGUGGAUGGGCUAUAUCAAGGACUAUGAAGGCGGUACAAUAAUGCAGUGCUCUAUGCUCCCGCGCGUCCGGUACCUCGAGAUGGGCCGCAUGCUACUUAAACAGAAAGAAUGCGUUCUGGCUAAGAUCCGUGCGUACUCCAAGUCGCAUAUAAUCCAUCAACCACCUAAGCAGUGGAAGAACGGCGUCACUCCCAUCGACCCCCUCUCGAUCGAGGCAAUCCGAGCUUCAGGAUGGUCUCCUGACAUGGACGAGCUGGCGCGACAGCCGCGUCACGGCCCGAACUACAACCAGCUCCUCCAUCUGCUCAACGACCUACAGAAUCAUCAGUCGGCGUGGCCGUUCCUAAACCCUGUCAAUAAAGAUGACGUUGCAGAUUACUACGACGUGAUCAAGGAGCCGAUGGAUCUUAGCACAAUGGAGACCAAACUGGAAGCGGACCAGUACAGCACUCCGGAAGAGUUCGUCAAGGAUGCCAAGCUCAUCUUCGACAACUGUCGCAAGUACAACAACGAGUCAACGCCGUACGCCAAGUCCGCCAACAAGCUUGAAAAGUACAUGUGGGCCCAGAUAAAAGCCAUCCCCGAGUGGUCGCACCUCGAACCAUAGGUUAGUAACAUGGAAAGAUCGUUCACGGAACACCUGCGGCUCUUAGAUAACCGCGGUAGAGCGCUGGCUAGGGCACAGAUGAAGAAGGAUUUCGAGGUCGUCCCCGAGUUUUUGGAGAAGGGCGUGUUGACUAGACGCGCCGCUAGUAGGAAAAGGCAGGCUGGGGAGACCGGGUCGGCUCUGAGCAUUGCUAUCCGUACUAAGAAAGAAGAGACCUUGGGUUAUAACGGUACCUCUAAGGCCGGUGCUGUUAUUAAUAGCGCCCCGGAGCCACCAGUCCAGCCGGUAGUUGAGAUGGAAGGCCGCGAUGCCCAUAUAUCGCAACCUUUUGAUCGUCCGUCAACCGUCGAACUAUUCGAGCAAGUCUUACGAGCCUCCACGAUUCCGCCUCAGAACCCCACGCGUCCGGCCAACGGUGCUCGGACCCGUCCCCACGCUACCCAGCUGGCAUAUACAUAUGCGUCGCGGCGAAACUUUUAA